GGCCGCAGGCGCAGUUCUCCAACUAGCACCUCUGCUGCUGACUUCCGCAAAUGCCCACGCGCCUCUUCCACCGCCGCGCAUGCGCCGCCGCCUCACCAUCGCCGCCGCCAAAUCCCACGCCACCCUACUCAAGUCCUGUAUCAUAUCCCCCACGCGCUGGAACCAACUCCUCACCGCCUACUCCCUCUCCCCACUCGGCCUCGCCGCCGCACGCCGUGUGUUCGACGAAAUACCCCGCCCGGACGCCGCGUCCUGGAACUCCCUCCUCACCGCGCAUGUCUCUGCCGGCGCGCAUCCCGCCGCAUGGUGCCUCCUCCGAGCCAUGCACGCGCAGGGCGUCGCUGCUAACACCUUCGCCCUCGGCUCCUCUCUCCGCUCCGCAGCCGCCGCGCGCUGCCCUGCUCUUGGCGCCCAGCUGCAGUCGCUCGCUUUCAAGAGCGGCCUUGCUGAUAACGUCUUCGCCGCAAGUGCGUUGCUUCAUAUGUAUGCUAAAUGCGGCCGCGUGAGGGACGCUCGUCGAGUGUUCGAUGGAAUGCCGGAGCGGAACACCGUCUCUUGGAAUGCUCUCAUUGCUGGUUAUGUGGAGUCUGGGAAGGUGUUGCAAGCACUGGAGUUAUUUAUUAACAUGGAGACAGAGAGGUUGGUUCCAGAUGAGGCUACAUUCGCCGCAUUACUCACAGCAUUCGAUGACUCGAAUUAUUUCUUGAUGCACCAGUUGCAUGGGAAGAUUGUGAAAUAUGGAUCUGCGUUGGGUUUAACAGUGUCAAAUGCAGCAAUCACUGCAUACUCGCAAUGUGGGGCCCUUGCAGAGAGUAGAAGGAUCUUUGAUCAAAUUGGGGACAGUAGGGAUUUAAUCUCAUGGAAUGCGAUGCUUGGAGCUUACACUUACCAUGGGAUGGAUUAUGAUGCCAUGGGAUUCUUUGUUAGGAUGAUACGAGAGAGUGGAGUUCAGCUUGACAUGUAUAGUUUCACAAGUAUAAUAAGUACGUGCCCUGAGCAUGAUGAUCACCAAGGGAGAGCCAUUCAUGGCUUGGUGAUCAAGAAUGGUUUGGAAGGAGCCACUCCUGUUUGCAAUGCUCUGAUUGCCAUGUACACUAGGAUCAGUGGGAACUGUAUGAUGGAAGAUGCCUGCAAGUGCUUUGAUUCUUUGCUGAUUAAGGACACAGUUUCCUGGAAUUCUAUGUUAACUGGGUACUCACAGCACAAUUUGAGUGCUGAUGCUUUGAGAUUCUUCAGAUGUAUGCAGUCAGCAAAUAUUAGAUGCGAUGAGUAUGCAUUCUCUGCUGCUCUGCGUUCCUGCUCAGAACUUGCUGUUCUUCAGCUUGGAAGACAAAUACACGGUUCAAUCAUCCAUUCUGGUUUUGCUUCGAAUAAUUUUGUUUCCAGCUCGCUGAUAUUUAUGUAUUCCAAGAGUGGUAUUCUUGAUGAUGCAAAGAAAUCUUUUGAGGAGGCAGAUAAGGGUAGCUCUGUGCCCUGGAACUCUAUGAUCUUUGGUUAUGCGCAACAUGGACAUGCACAUAUUGUGCACAGCCUCUUCAAUGAGAUGGUGGAACUUAAGGUCCCUUUGGAUCAUGUUACCUUUGUGGGCCUAAUUACUUCCUGCAGUCAUGCUGGUCUUGUGGACGAAGGUUCAGAAAUUCUCAAUGCAAUGGAAACUAGGUACGGGAUUCCUCUACGGAUGGAGCAUUAUGCAUGCGGUGUUGAUCUGUAUGGGAGGGCUGGGCAGCUUGAGAAAGCAAAAGAGCUUAUUGACUCUAUGCCAUUUGAACCUGAUGCCAUGGUGUGGAUGACCCUAUUAGGUGCUUGCAGAAUCCAUGGGAAUAUGGAACUUGCAAGUGAGGUGGCUAGCCAUCUUUUGGUGUCAGAACCUAAACAACAUUCCACAUAUAUUCUCCUCUCCAGCAUGUAUUCUGGUCUUGGGAUGUGGAGUGACAGAGCAAUUGUGCAGAGAGAAAUGAAGAAUAGAGGAUUAAGCAAAGUCCCUGGUUGGAGCUGGAUCGAGGUGAAGAACGAGGUGCACUCUUUCAAUGCAGAGGAUAGGUCACACCCGAGGAUGGACGAAAUAUAUGAGAUGUUGAGUUUGCUGCUUCAAGUGGCAAAGAUGUGCUCCUCUUGUGAAGAUGAAGAGACUGACGGCAAUUUCCUGUGACACAUGACACGUAAUUUAUUUCAGCAUGUCUAAUCACUUACCCUCCUCACUGUCAGUUAAUUACCAACCCAGAUAUGCUGCACGAGUCUGUCUUGCCAUGUCACGCUCAAUUCCAAAGGAUUUUGUCAAAUCUCAGGUAUAUUGUCAUUGAUGAAGCACAUUCAUACAAAGGAGCAUUUGGCUGCCAUACUGCACUUAUACUUAGAAGAUUGAAGCGUAUUUGUUCGAACACGAGACUUUGGAGGGUUUCACCUGUUGAGGCGUUCGAACUCUGCCAUGAUAUCUCCCUUGCCCACGAAAAAAAGGUUUUAACGAUGUGAUCUUCGCCUCCAACUGCCUGUCUUUUUUUUGGUGCAGCGUCUCCAAUCCUCAGCCCAGGACAGGUUGUUGGUCGGUUCGGUCUUGGCAGACAUCAGGCUAUCCGCCUAUGGAGGUUGCUCAUUCAUUCAUUCUUCCUUUUUUUGCGAUCAAAGAUGUUUGUCCUUCCUUUAAUGAAGGGGCACACAAUUCUCUCUUUGUGAUCUGACGUAGGUCCGGUUUAUUCUCUGGCUCGUUAUUAUGAUCUGCCUAGCUCCGGUUUUGGUUUA